AUGGAGGCGAAGCAGAUGAGGUUCCUUACUCACCAAGCUUUCUUCUCCUCCGUUCGAUCAGGAGACCUCUAUCAACUGGAAGAACUAAUCGACAAAUUAACCGGAGACGAGGUAAGCGACGAGUCGUCACCGUCUUCCGCGGUGGCUGAGCUUAUGUCCGUGCAAAACGACAACGGAGAAACCGCCGUCUACAUCGCCGCCGCGGAGAAUCUCGAAGAUAUUUUCCGUUACUUGAUUAGGUUCUGUAGUUUGGAAACAGUGAAGAUCAGAUCCAAAUCCGACAUGAACGCGUUUCACAUCGCCGCCAAGCGAGGUCACUUGGGAAUUGUGAAGGAGCUACUGAGUCAAUGGCCGGAGCUCUGCAGAAUCUGCGACGGUUCCAACACGAGCCCGCUUUACGCAGCGGCGGUCCAAGAUCACUUGGAAAUAGUAAACGCAAUGCUCCACGUCGAUCCGAGCUGCGCAAUGAUCGUUAGGAAAAACGGCAAAACCUCUCUGCACACGGCGGGAAGGUACGGCCUUCUCCGGAUAGUGAGAGCGCUCAUAGAGAACGACGCGGCCAUCGUCGGUGUCAAAGAUAAGAAAGGCCAGACCGCUCUUCACAUGGCCGUUAAAGGACAGAGCGUUGAAGUCGUCGAAGAGAUUUUGCAGGCCGAUUACUCCAUUUUGAACGAUCGAGAUCGUAAAGGAAACACCGCUCUGCACAUCUCUACUCGAAAAUCGCGGCCACAGAUAACGAGCUUGUUGCUGACGUUUACGGCGAUAGAAGUGAACGCGGUGAACAAUCAGAAAGAAACGGCGAUGGAUUUGGCGGAUAAGCUACAAUACAGCGAAUCGGCGUUGGAGAUCAAUGAGGCUUUAGUAGAAGCUGGAGGCAAGCACGGGAGGUACAUUGGUAGAGAAGACGAGGCGAGAGCGUUGAAGAGAGCGGUGAGCGAUAUCAAGCACGAGGUGCAGUCGCAGCUUCUGCAGAACGAGAAAACCAACCGCCGCGUCUCGGGGAUCGCGAAAGAGCUGAGGAAGCUCCACAGGGAAGCGGUGCAGAACACGACGAAUUCGAUAACGGUCGUGGCGGUUCUGUUCGCGUCGAUAGCUUUCCUGGCGAUAUUCAAUUUGCCUGGGCAGUAUUUCACCGACGGGACGCAAGCCGGUAAAGCGGAGAUCGCCGGGAGGACGGGAUUCCGGGUGUUCUGUCUGUUAAACGCGUUUUCGUUGUUUAUAUCGCUGGCGGUUGUGGUGGUUCAGAUAACGCUGGUUGCUUGGGACACACGGGCGCAGAAGAAAGUAGUAUCGGUGGUGAACAAGCUCAUGUGGGCGGCUUGUGCUUGCACGUUUGGAGCGUUUCUGGCGAUUGCGUUUACGGUGGUGGGGAAAGGGAAUUCGUGGAUGGCGAUCACGGUGACGCUGCUUGGAGCGCCGAUUCUGGUUGGGACGCUGGCGAGUAUGUGUUAUUUCGUGUUUAGGCAGCGUUUUAGAAGCGGGAACGACUCGCAGAGAAGGAUUAGGAGAGGGAGUGGGAGUAAAUCGUUUUCUUGGUCUUACUCUGCUCAUGUUUCCGAUUUUGAAGACGAAUCGGAUUUCGAGAAGAUCAUUGCUCUCUGA